GGCAGCCACAGAGAGCCGCUGGGGCGCUGGAGGGCGGCGGCGGCGGCGGCAGCAGCGGGAAGGAGCCGGAGCGUCCUCCUUCACCUCCGGGCAGUCUCGGGAGGAAACCCCAAGAUGGGGCAGCGGGAGGAGAGGCUGAAGAGCUCCUGGCCUGCCACGCUCCUAGCAGCCUCCAUCCUGAGUUCUUGCUUCCUCUUGGCUCCAGCCAAGGAGAGCACCAAGAAGAGCACCAAGAAGAGCACCAGCCCCGACGAAAUUCCUGUAACUUGGGAACCAGCAAAGCCAGAAGUAGGAGGCACAAUCACCCUUCAACCAAAAGCAAACUUGAAGCACAUCUACUGCUGCAAAUGGUACCGAGGAGAAGCAAGUACAAAAAAGGUUUAUAAGAUCCUGGAAUAUUACCCAGAGACUAAGAUAACUGUGCAAUCAAGCGCCUACAGUGAUCGAGAGGCUAUAGAGGGAGCCUGUGUCCUUGUCAUCACAGAUUUAAUAUUACGUGAUUCUGGGGAAUAUAUAGUGAAGCUUGAAAAACCUGGAAGACUUAAAGGACUUGGGUUUGCAAAAAUAAAGGUCUCAGGCACACGCAGUGACACUGACUUCCAUAUCGCCUGCCAACCAUCAAAGCCAUCCCUAGGAGACACUGUCACCCUGAGACCAAGAGUAAGCCUGGGAGGCAUCACCUAUUGCAAAUGGUACCAAGGGCCAAAUCAAGAGGAUAAUAAUAUGAUUGCUCUCUAUGAACUGGAGACUCACGACAAAAUAACUAGAAAGGCUGUCUAUGACCGAGGCUCCAUAGAAAAACGCUGUAUCCUGGUCAUCAGGGAUUUAGAAUUAAGUGACUCUGGCGAAUACACAAUGGAAAUCAAAGAAGCUGAACUUGUUCGAGGAAUCGGGCGUGCAUACAUAGACCUCUCAGUUCCAGCCUCGCUUCUUCAGCUGGAUCCUUCUUCUUCAGCUCAUCCUCCAGUGGCCAGUGAUGCUCAUCCACCUGUACCAGAUCCAAUGCUGGAUGUCUUAGCUGAGCUGACCACACCAGAUCCUGCUCCUUCCGCUCACUCUCCUGUUCCAGAUCCUUCCCUUUCUCCUCUUCCUGUUUUAGCUCCUUCUGCUACCCCGGAUCCUCUUCCGUCCACGUUGUCUCUGGGCGUCGUUGCUGGGAUCGUGGUUUGGUGCUUGAUCGUGAUGGCCGUCACUGGGGUCCUCCUGUCCUCUUGGCUCCGUACCCGUCGUCAGAGAGGCAGGAAGCAGCCUAGAUAAUUUUGUUCAGCUUCUUCCAUAUAUAUGAAUCUUCCCCUGCCCAUAAGCAGGUGGUCUUGAGUGUCUGUUUCUCCUGGUCUGACUCUUUGGUUGCCUAGCCUUUGGCUCUGUUCCUGACUCCCGGCUUGCUGCUUGACCCUUGGUUGGCCAACUGGACUUGACUUGCGUCCCAUUGCAGACUUCUGGCUUGGUCCAUUUCCUGCCUGCCGGUUCAUGGCUGCACACACCCCUGAUGCUCCUGGUUCCAGAUUCUUACACCGCCUCGAAGCUGCUGCCCACGGCUCAACCAGACAGCAAGAAAUACAGCACUGGACUUGCUGAUAGUUCUUUCACUUGUCCAAGCACUUGGCUCUUCUCUGCCUACGCAACAGAGUGGGGAUUGAGCUGCCAUUCCAAGAGAGUCCAUAAUAAUGCCAAUACAAAGGUGAUAGCAGAGCUCAAUCCAGCUUCUCACAAACAAAGCAAAGCAUGAUCCAAAGCCUGCAGAGUGCUGAACGAUAGAGAGUUUUCUAGAUUCAGAUCAACACCACAGCUGACAACCAAAUUCCCAAG